CGGUAAACAUGAAGCCAAUGCCCUCCAAGAAUGGCUGAUGUUUUCAAUGCGUCCCUAACUUAUGAAGUUGGGGCUGUAGAGUAUGACGACUUCAAGCCAUCUGAAGAACCUGUAUAUAUACUGGGAACAAAGUACAGCACAUUUCAUGAACUUGAUGACCUGAGGAGUAAUAUAACAUCAAAGAUCUGGCUGACCUAUCGAAAGAACUUCCCAUCAAUUAGUGGCACAAACUACACUUCCGACACAGGCUGGGGAUGUAUGCUUCGGUGUGGCCAGAUGGUAGUUGCCGAGGCUGUCAUGCGACGGCACCUUGGAAAAGACUGGCAGUGGUCACAAAGAACAAAAGACGAGAAAUACCUGCGCAUCCUUCGCAUGUUUCAGGACAAGAAGAACUGCACCUACUCAAUACACCAGAUUGCGCAGAUGGGUGUUUCAGAAGGAAAAGAAGUAGGCCAAUGGUUCGGCCCCAACACCAUUGCUCACGUACUCAGGAAGCUGUCUACAUUCGACAAGUGGAGCUCCCUUGCCAUGCAUGUCGCCAUGGACAACGUUGUAGUCAUGGAUGAUAUAAGGAAAAUAUGCCGAGUAGAGGCAACAAACACAGAGGAUGGUAUUAGAAAUCGGAUGCAGCCACAUGGUGGACUUGCAGCAGCACGUUCUUGGAAGCCUCUUGUGCUCUUCAUCCCUCUAAGGCUUGGCCUAAGUGAAAUCAACCCAGUUUAUUAUUGCGGCCUCAAGAGAACGUUUGCGUUGAAGCAGUCCCUCGGCAUCAUCGGUGGCAAGCCGAACCAUGCACUUUACAUCAUUGGUGUUGUAGGUGAUGACCUAGUGUUCUUGGACCCGCACACCACGCAGCUUGCAGUUGACCUGGAUGUAGAGUGCCCUGAGGACGAGAGCUACCACUGUGCCCAUGCCAGCAGGAUGGACAUUGGCCAGCUCGACCCAUCCAUUGCUCUAUGCUUCUACAUGGCCACAGAAGCAGAGUUUGACAGCUGGUGCAACUUGGCACAUAAGCACUUGAUUAGCCAGAUGAAGCAGCCAUUGUUCGAGAUCACAGAGCACAGACCUCUCGGGUGGCCAGACCUUGCAGAGGAUCAGCAGCGGCUUGAUGAAGAGCCUCAAAGCACUGAAUUCACUGUUGUGGAGCAAGAGCGCAAGUUUGACACUUCAGAUGAUGAGUUUGAGAUUCUUUAGGCUGUACCUAUAUUUAAGAAAAGAUGCUGAAGACUCUGCCUGUUUAUUGACUGUUAGCUUUCCUUUGAAGAGAUGCAACAGCCUCCAAGCCUACUGUAUCUAUAUGAUAUCAAGUGUUCUUGUUUUUAUAUGCAGGAGGAAUUUUAAUAAACACAUGCCGCUAGUAUUUGUGCAAAAA